GCAUACUGCUGACAUCACGGAGCCCUCUUUCCCUCUCCCUUUCUCCCUCUGCUUCUCCCCCUCCCUCCUCCCUCCUUGUCCCUCCUCCCUCGGCUCAAUCUCUUCCAAUCUCCUUCUUCCUCUCUUCAGUUCCUUCAGGUAAAUCCUACUCAAACUUGUACCAACUUGUUUUUGACUGACAGCGAGCAGCGAGAGACUUUUCUUCACUUUGAGAGAACCUGAACACCUAUCUUCCCCAAGACAACCUGCAUCGACCGCUCGUUUCCUCGCCGGGUCAUAGCUUCCCAUCGAGGCAGGAGUCCAGUGCAUCUGUCCCUGCAGGCAGAAGCAGAAUCCCAUGGUAGCCAGGUGGGUGAAGGAGAGCAAGGACGUCCCACCUGCCUUGAAGAAGACGCCUUCUGACCUGCUGAGGGAGUGACAAGGUGGUCCCAAUACCCUGACAAUGGACGCCAUUCACAUCAGCAUGUCCAGUGCUCCUCUGGCAAAGCACACGGCAGGAGCCGGACUCAAGAACAACAGACCCCGGGUCAUGUCCAAGAGUGGGCACAGCAACGUGAGAAUCGACAAAGUGGAUGGCAUAUACUUACUCUAUCUUCAAGACUUGUGGACAACCGUCAUUGACAUGAAGUGGAGAUACAAGCUCACCCUGUUUGCUGCCACAUUUGUGAUGACCUGGUUCCUUUUUGGAGUGAUCUACUAUGCCAUUGCAUUUAUUCAUGGUGAUUUAGAACCAAGGGAGGAUGUUUCAAAUCACACUCCCUGCAUCAUGAAAGUGGACUCUCUCACUGGAGCAUUUCUUUUCUCCCUGGAAUCCCAGACAACCAUUGGCUAUGGAGUCCGUUCCAUCACGGAGGAAUGCCCUCAUGCUAUUUUCCUGUUGGUUGCUCAGUUGGUCAUCACAACCUUGAUUGAGAUCUUCAUCACGGGCACCUUUCUGGCCAAGAUUGCCAGACCCAAAAAGCGGGCGGAGACCAUCAAGUUCAGCCACUGUGCCGUCAUCACCAAGCAGAAUGGGAAGCUCUGCUUGGUGAUUCAGGUGGCCAACAUGAGGAAGAGCCUUCUGAUUCAGUGCCAGCUCUCCGGCAAGCUCCUCCAGACCCAUGUCACUAAAGAGGGGGAACGGAUUCUUCUCAACCAAGCCACUGUCAAAUUUCACGUGGACUCCUCUUCAGAGAGCCCCUUCCUCAUUUUGCCAAUGACAUUCUACCACGUACUGGAUGAGACAAGCCCCCUGAGAGAUCUCACACCCCAAAACCUGAAGGAGAAGGAGUUUGAACUCGUGGUCCUCCUCAAUGCCACUGUGGAAUCCACCAGUGCAGUCUGCCAGAGCCGCACAUCUUAUAUUCCAGAGGAGAUCUACUGGGGCUUUGAGUUUGUGCCUGUGGUUUCUCUCUCAAAAAAUGGAAAGUACGUGGCUGAUUUCAGUCAGUUUGAACAGAUCCGAAAGAGCCCGGAUUGCACCUUCUACUGUGCGGAUUCUGAGAAGCAGAAACUUGAGGAGAAGUACAGGCAGGAAGAUCUGAGGGAAAGGGAACUAAGAACUCUUCUGUUACAACAGAGCAAUGUCUGAUGGUGGUGGUUGCCCCGGGUUUAACUCUGUGAGCUCUUUCCAUGUCGGAGCUCCCUUUGAAGACACAGGUCACUGUGCAAAUGAGAAUGUGUGGAUUCUUUCUAAAAAACUAUACAGACAUACAAAAUCCAUUUUUUCCCUUUGACCUGGCACUUAAGCAAGCAUUUCCAGUUUUGAGAAGGUCCCUUUUUAAAAGGCUUUGUCUGAAGCAAACUCUCAAAAUUCCUACUUUCUAAAAUGGGGCUAUAGUUUCAAAAACUUGGUGUAGGGCAAUUAAAAUAAUGUCAUGUCCAGUGGACAGACAUUUAGCCAUGCUGGUGUUGAAAGGAUAUGCAUUUCUAUGCAGCAUAUCAGCUAUAACUUAAGGUAUUUAUUCAAAACAAUUUUCAAAGACGUUAUGGCUGGAAGUUGAAAUGUUGUGAAAUGUGAAAUGUUGAAAGUUCAUAUCCUUUUAUGUCAUUUCUUUACAAUACCCUCUUUUCAAGCAGGAAAAUGCUAUCUUUAAUGGAGGCUAUCUGGUAACAGAGUCAAGGGGACUCUGUACUCACAAAAAAAAAUAUUUCCAUUCUUACCGGUUUUUCAUCAGAUUUAAUUGUACAGAGUGAAAUUGAACAAAUCAGGAGUUGAUAGUUCUGAAAAUAUAUACGAAUGGAGUGGACUUUUUUGUUCACAGUAAUUUUCUGUUUUCUUUUCAAAAUGUGGCGUACAACCCGCAGCCUCAGCAUCAUCCGGGAGCUAAUUAGCAGUAUCGACUCUCAGGCCCCACCCAGACUUAGAGAACCAGAGUCUGCACAUUCACGAGACCUCCUAGUCAUUUGUACACAAAUGAAAGUUUGGAGAGUGUCCACUCUGGAAGGUUUUCAAGGGAACUUUCUGAAGCCACAGCAUCCUCUGGGUCCCAAACCCACAUGGCCUCCAGACCUGUCCCUCUUUCUUCAGCUUAUUAUUACGGGCCAAUAUUGUUGUCAGUCACUCCAUUCUUUGUCUGUUAAAAUGCAUUGUUUGCCAAAGAACUGCCCCCGAUACCCCAAGAUUGAAAACAAUUUCUUGAGAGUCAUGGUUGUCUCACUCAUGCUAAGCACAUGUUUGUUGACUAUAGUGAGCACAAAAGAAAAAUGAAGUCGCAUUACAACUGGAAAUUUGCUCAGAUGUUGAGGUCUACAAGGUUGAACAGGGCCAUAAGGACCAAGAAGAGCUGAGGAAUUCAUGUACUGAUGACUCCUUGAAGCAUGAACGAAGUUUGGUAAUCUGAUGAUAUGUAAAGAACGCCCUCAGUAUCUAAAUAAAUCUCAUGCAACCGAUUGGAA